AAAGUAAACUUCCUGUGUCAGUAAGUGCUGUCUGUGCACCCUGGCCGAAAUUUCCGUGAGAAUUCAAUCUCGGGGCACUUUAUAGUUGUGGGCCUAUUUACGACAAUACUGAAAUGGCAUGGGCACUUGAGCGGCCGUGCAGAACAUUGUAGUUUUAGAAGAACAGAACAUAUUUUACUGUAACCCUCUUAUCCCCAGUUUGCUCACCUGUUUUAUGAAGGUGAAGGAGCACACAUGCAGACUGAGUUGCAACAAGAUCCCCACAGGUACUGCUCUGUGGGGGUCGCAGCCAGAUUGGGAGAUCUGGUUGGACUGCAAGAAAUGGUGUGGCAUGGGAGACCGAUAGAUGUGUUUGACAACAGGGGUUGGAGCCCAAUUCAUGAAGCUGCGCAUGCUGGCAAUACUGGAUGUCUGGAAUUUUUGCUUCGUCAACCCGGUGUUGAUCCAGACUGGGUGACCCAUGCCAAGGAGACAGCACUCAUUCUUGCCGCCCGCCAAGGUCAGAGUGAUGCUGUUGUGGCCUUGAUCAAUGCUAGGGCUGAUGUGGACUUCACUACAAAUGAAGGAUAUACUCCUCUCUGGGAAGCUUUGAACUCCAAGAGCUAUCAGUGCUUUAAGACUUUAAUAAAAAAAGAUGCUGAUGUCAACGCAAGGAUCUACACUGGCUACACAGCCUUACAUCUGGCUGCUGAGAGAGGAAGCACUUACUGUGUUAACAUGUUGCUGCAGCACGGGGCAGAUAUUGAUGUAUUUGCUGACCACAACUUGUCUCCCUUGUUCCUGGCGGCCCACAAAGGCCACACAGAAUGUGUUAGAAAUCUGAUUGAAGUUGCGAAAGACAGAGGCAGCAUGCACAUCGUGAAUGCAGCGGCCACUGACAAUGCCACUCCGUUACUAAUUGCGGCUCAGGAGGGCCAUGAUGCUAUUGUGGCAAUCUUGCUUCACCAUGGUGCAGACGCUAACAUUGCUGACAACGGCGAUAACGCAAUUCCACUUCAGUAUGCUGUGUCCAGUGGGCACACAAGGUGUGUGGAGCUUCUGCUGCAGCACACAGACAUGACUGUGUUCCUGACGCGAGACUUUGACGGGAUGCACCCUCUGGUCCAGGCUCUGCGUCACACAGACACUACCAUCCUGAAGCUACUGGCUGCCCGUCUCCCGGUGACUCGAAUCUGCACUCUGCCCUCGUACCUUCUGCAGGAACUAGGCCACCUGGCCAGUGUCUUAGUUCCUGCCCGCAAGUGCUCCCUACUGUGUCUGCUGGAAGCAGACUGGCCGCCCAAUGGUGCCGAGUUUUUGCUGAAGAACAAUGUGCUGCCCAACUCCUCCGAUGAGGAUGAGUUACCUCCUUUGUUGGUGGCCUUGUGGACCAAUAACGUCCCCUUGUUCCAGCUUCUGUUGCGUUAUCGUGCCUCGCCAAACAUCUACCACAAAAACGUGACGGGUAACGUGGCAAUGCUCAUGGCCUUUCAGAAGGACCUCGAACGUGACUUGACGACGAUGAUUGUUCGCAACUCGCGGCAGCCAAACUUUCAGAUUUUCUUUAUUUGGCAGCUUUUCCUCGCCGGGGCCGAGUCGCAUUCGCUCUUCGACAUCAAUGACCCUUUGAACGGGGAAAAUGCCAACAGCCCUGCUAUCACAAACUUGUUUGGACUCAUGUUUCACAUGUUUCAUCGGAAGGAGAACUUGGUGCCCGUGUUGGCAUUGUUGAUGUAUAUCAGUGACCACGCUUGCUUGCCCAGACACAUUCUCUCUCACUUUGAGGAAGGGGACAGGAAAAAAUUACAAACAAUAUCAGACAAAACAAACCUGCUGUCUCAUCGGUGCCGCCGGGUCAUUGUGCACACUCUUGGGAAGGAGAACCGAUACUGCCGGACUGCCAUUCAGCACCUGAAAAUGCCCAUCAUUUUGCAAGAUUAUCUCAUGUUCUCUGAACUGGGCACCCCUCUUCAGGAUAUGAUUCUCAAAUUUAUCACAGUCAACCCUGAGGAUGGCGGGGAUUCAGACCUCUGAUGUAACAAAGAUGGUCUGUGUGUGAAAUAUUUCUGAUGGUGUCUGUUCCAUCUCUGUCGUGUUGCCCCGUAACGAUUGUGUUGGUGGUUCGUAAAAAAAGACGGUAAAAAAAACAACAGACAAACUCUGCUUCCAAACUGGCUUGAUGUUUCUGUGGCGGAAUAAAAGUAAAAGUCCCAAAAUAUCUGCCUUGGGAAGACUCGAGACUGUUUUCUUUAGGUCUAAAGAGAAAUGCUACAAUCCUGAUAAAAGAGACUUCAAUUUGUUUUCUUAAAUUGUCAGAACUAUCCAAUGAAUCGUCUGAUACCAAAUAGACAUAAAUCUUUACCUGUGUACUGUUCAUAUAUGGGUGUACAAGGAAAGAUGUAGUCUCUAGAUUUUUUUAAAGUGGCAAGGUCUGUUGUUAUAGUCUCUUUAAUGAGGCAUGUGACUCCUCUCCACAUGCAACAAAUGUCUGAGGAUGUUGCUCACUCAAACAUAACCCCUUUUACUUUUAUGCAGUUUACAGUUUUAAGAAAACAUGUUCAUUUGAAAUUGGUCAAGUUGUUUUUGAUAUAUAACACCCAUCUUUGUUUAUGGUGACAAAAUUAUAUGUCUGAGACUUAUUUUUCUGCUUUUCAAUUUACAAGCAAUUUGUAAUGAGUGAAGAAAAUAUUCUCAAGUAGCUGAAAAUUCUCUGAGAUCGGCCUGACUGAAAAACUCAUUACUGGAAGAAGUCUCUCGUCUGAAACUUUUCAGAAAUAUUUAUGUUGUGCAGUUAUCUCUGGUGUUCUGGACUUCACUUGAAAUUAUUUGUUUUUUGAACAGACGACAUUGUUUGUUUGAAACCUGAAUUUGAUACUGUGUAUCCGAGUUAAUUUCACCUUCAAAACAAGUGAAUGCAGUUUUCCAUGAACAUUGCAUAAAGAAAGUCUAAUUUAAGACAGUGUGCUCAUCGAUUUUAUUUUUGAAAAUUAUAUGUUUAAGAAAAGAUCUUCUCUUUUGCUCAUGCCUCCGUUGGAAUGAUGUACUGUGUGCAAAAUGACAACUUAACCAGCACUUCUGGCUUUUGUGGUGCAAUGGUAAGGCUCUUUGCCUUUGAACGCUGAAGGCGUGAGUUUGUUACCUGAAUGGGGAUGUUUUUUAUAUCAGGUAUCUCUGUCUGCUUAGACAUUUUGUCCCGCUGAGCCCGGGGUUGGCCCUGACAGGCAGGAGUGAAGUAGUCUGCCUCCUAAAUGAUCUAAUUUAUAUUAGUUGGGAUGUAAAACAUCUACAUUAAAUUUUUUCCCAACUUAAGCUGCCUAUUUGAUUUUACUUUGUGAAAAAAAAAAGCCAUGGUAAUAGUAAUAGUCAAUCUUAGAUAAAAUGACUGAAAACUGUCAUUGCAACUUUUGUGAUAUUUUUUUUCUUUUUUGAAACAUCGGUUUGUUUCAUUCAAGCAAUGCAACUGUUGUUACCAUGGGUUCAGUAAUAGUAAUUGAAAGUUACAGCCAUUUCUGUUCCUGUUAAUUCAAACCGGAAUUCUUAAGCUUAAAAAGUUCCAAAGUUAAGAUAAAAAAAACCCUGCUACAUCUUACAAGAACACCAGCUGUGUGAUAUUUUCAGUUGAUAAAAGCAGAAAGAGAAAAAGGUGUAGUCACAAUAUUUUAAAAAAAAUUAUAUGAUCCCCAGUCAGUGAUAGUGAUGAUGGUCCUGAAUAUGUCCCUUUGCCUGAAAAAAAAAAUCUAGAUAUGAAAUUAAAUGUGCAUCUUCGUAAAAAUCAGCUGCUAAGGUUAGAUCAGUGAAUGAUGCUCCCAGGUUCCCACGCACGUGAUGGCUAGAUAUUGUGUACCCCCCAGCCACAUUUUGCUAUUUCAGUUCAUCUGCUUCAGAAGUAAUGUCAGUGCAGAACCGGCAACCAAACAGGGAACCAUCUGCUGCAAGCCUGCCAAAUGCACGAGGCACUUGGAAAGAAAUAUUGGCCCCCAACCCUAGGGAGAGCGACUCCAAACUCUAUGGGGGCCUGAAGGAUCUGUGGAAAACAAGUUUUUUCACUAGAGACUGGGUUGUCAAUUUAGAGAUGAGUGAAAAGAAGAUCUACUUCAGAGACUCAUAAUGAUGAUCUCAGAUAUAUUUUAAAAACCCAACAUGAUCAAGAGGAUUUAGAUGAGCUGUAUGGUAAUGCACCUGAAAGACCAGCCAAAAAAUACCAUCACUUAAGCAAGCUUAGGGACCAUGACAACAAUUUGGUGUCCGUCUUGUGAAAUUCUUUUGUUUAUAGGCAAAUGUUUUCACAUGUUUCACAAAUGUAGGAGAUAAUGGUACUGAAUAUUAUUUUUUCAAAGUAUGUGUUGAUUUAUUGCUCCCUUUGCUCCUUUGGAUUUUGUUGUUGUUGUAAUAUCCAUUGAUAAAUGACACAAAUUUGAAAAACAAUGUGGAAAAAUUGGGUCAUGUUAAAAAUUAGUCACUUCAAAAUUAAUUAUGAUAACUCGUUUCUGUUUCUUUAAAAUCACACCUCUGUUUCUAUGUUUAGGAUGGCAAUUUUUUGUGUGAAUCUUUGAAUUAGUAUGGACAGAAUGACUUUUUUUGCAAUACUCUUCAUUUGACUGUCAGCAGUGGUAAAUUCCGCCCAAAUUGCUGGUAUUGAGUUAGUGUUUGCGUUGUUUUUAACUGAUAUCGCUUAGUUUUCAAUUUAUUAGACAUGCUUUUCUUUCAGUCGUGUGUGAAGGAAUUAUGUUAUGACCUUGAAUAUGCUCACACUGAGUGGCACAUAUGUGCUGGUGCGCUCACUGUGUCUUCCAAAUAUUUUUUUUUGUGUUCACAUUUUGUAUGGGUGCGCAUAUUUCGCGCAUUGUUGGCUUUGUACGAAUUUCACCUAUAAUGUGCACUGUGCAUAUAAAGCAAUUGUUUUAUCAUUCAGCAGACUUCCGUUGAAAAUAAGUAAAUGGGACCGUAUACGUUUGUGGUAACUUUUUGUUUAUAGGUAUUGAGAUUCAGGUUUUUAUUUUGUCCCAUUUUCCCUGUUGGUGAUUUUUAACUCACCCAGCCCUAAUGCCGAUAAUAUCGGUAUGCGUGUGCAGCGCUCCAACUCUUAUGUCGACAGUAUCUGUGUAUGGAAAAUUUCACUCUCGUGACUGAAAACACUACUUAUGUGCGAAGCAGACAAUAGCCUAAUUGGAAGAGUAACCAUUUUUCGUUUGAAACAGACCAUGAUCAGAAGUGAAAGCCCAAAUCUAGAGCAAAGAAAGCUAUAUUCGUGAACCAUGUGAGGGGGUGCGAAAUUUGAACGCUCUAGUCUUCCUUUCUUCGCUUAUUCGUUUACUUUUUGACUCUGUAUAUAUAGACCUUUUCCCACGCAGUAUUGUAUUAAAAGUGACACAUUUUGCCUUCAAAUUUUCAACACACACAAAUAAAGGUUUGAAUAAAAUAUGUACCAAAUUUGAAUAGGCAAUGUUAAAAUGUUGUCUUUUUUUUCUAUUUUUCAAAAAGUGAUAAAAAUCUCUAAGGAGAGCUGAGAACCUGAAAGUGUAGGCCUAGGGUUGGGUGAGUUAAAGCUAUAAUCUGAUUAUAGAAGGAGUAUUGGAAUUUUUACAACCCAGUAGCAGAGAAAGCUAGGACAGUUUUAUGUGAUUGUGUUGUUUUUUAAGCUUCAAAAUAUUAUGAGAAGUGAAAAAUUCAUGGUGUGUUGUUGGUUGCUGUUUGGUCAAAUAACAUAGUUCCAUUUUUUCAUCCUCUAGAUAUCAUUUCUCAUCCACAGAAGUUUUAUCCCAUUUCUCGAACUCCAUCAGAACAUUAUUUAUGGCAGUCACAAGAAGAAAACUUAGAUUUUACUGUAUUUAGUAAAAUAUUCUUCUUUGUACACUUUCUUAUGACAUCAGUACACUUUUCAUUUUCAGAUCUUGAUUAUUUAAAAUUGACCAAUGAACUGGAAAAAGUAAGCUGGACAGUAUGUUUUCUUCUUUGUGGCCAGUUUUAAUACAUAAAUAAUGUUUAAGUCUGCCUCCUAAUGUUUAAAGUGAGGUGACAGGGACAAUAAAUUUCCUCCAGAGAUGGAUUUCUUAUAAUAGUCCUCAUACCUCAUUUGUUAGAAAUAUUUAGAUACUCCAAUAUCUGUUUUUAAUCCCCCUCCUUUGUGCUUGAUAAUUCGUACAUCCGUCCAACUGUAGUACAAUGUUGUGACUAAGACAAAUUAUCUAUUAUCAAAAUAGAAUCUAUACUUAUAGAGUGUAUAGUGUCUGCCUUGUUUGUGAUGGGUUGAACAUCCUGGCCUGAUUUUGAACUCCCCCCCCCCCCCUCCACCCCCACCCCUUCCGAUGGGUUUGGGGAUAGGAGUUAGAUCCACUGGACAGCAGUAAGCUGGUGCAACUUCUGUAGUGGUAAAAGUCUGUGCUGAGAUGUGUUGUUGAUGUAUGAUGUUGACUUUGUGAUGUAUUGUCUCUGACUCUUGUUUCUGGAGUGGGGGGAAAGAUGGAACAACUCUGUACUUUUUGCUCAUUUAUCAAAUGCAGUGUGAACAUACUGACAAUGGAGAGUCAGUGUCAUUAGCUGUCCUCAUAGCCAACAACAUCCCACUUUUGGAGGAUAUUGUGUUGCAAGUGUCAUAAAAACACUUAUUAAUACCCAAAAAAACUUUUGGAGGAGAUGGAAAAAAUAAGUUUACUGAAGAUUCCCCUCAUGUCUGCACUUCUCUUGUACCUAGGGUUGGAAUCAUAAAAACAAAAAAGGUUUACACAUAUACCUGUGAAUUGAUUGUUUCUCUUGUGCUCAGUGCUGGAAUCUUAUAUUUUGUUGUAAAAGGUACCGUGGCAGUGUUCUCUUUGCUUCCUUGUUAGCCAGCAGGAUGUUUUGUAUGUGUACAGGUGUGUGUAUUUGUCCUGUGGUAAUGGAGAUGUCAUGUAUAGUUUUGAGUGUGGGUGUGUGUGUGCGAGUGUGUGGGUGUGUGUUUGGGGUGGGGGGUAGUAACAGUGUCACAAGAAAAUUGAGAAACUAUUGACCAUGCUUUACAGGGUAAGUAAAAUUUUAAAACAUAUUUGGUUGGAGUUACUCAAAUUUCUUGUGACAGUGAGAUAGAAGAUAGGUGUGUUCACUGCCAGCAGGACUCAGUUAAGCCAAUGUGCUUAUGUGGAGGUUUGAGCGGCCUUGGAGAGCUGCACCUGGCACUUGCAAAGAUGUCGGCACAAAGGAAAGUUAUCCAGGUUUUACAGUGGUAAUGGUCAACUGCUUAAGACACAAAUCUUUUACAGCUGCCUAUCUUUAUGAAUUUGGCAGAAUCGUUGCGAUCUUUAUUCAGUUUUACGAUAAUACGAUCGUAAUAUCCCUGAUUCUGAUUUUUUCAAAUUUUGGCUACCCCAACCCACUGCCAACCUUCCAAGGUGUAAAAGGGAAGCCAAACUACCAGACCCGGAUGGCCAGGACAUCACAAAGUCACGUGCAGAUCUAACUUUAACACCCUCUCUGCAUAAAGCCCCUGUAGUCUGUCUGUAGUCCCCCAGUGCCAUUUUGAUCUUAUAGAAAAUAAAACUUCAUAAGUGUCAAAGCCAUUUUAUGAAUUUUGAAGCCAGAUUAUUAAAUUUAUAUUUAUUGAUUGCUAAAAUAGAUGCUGAUGGGUGGGCAGCCCUGUUUUCACAGAGCAAACUGUCUCUGUCUGGUGUUUAGAGAAGCGGCAUGGCACCGGUUUUGGUUAUGUGGACUGGAUGUGACACUGACAGUAUGUGGCCUUUGAGAGAGUACGACGUCUUAUUUUUGUUUGUAGAGGGUAAAGGGAGAUGUGUAUAUCUGUGGGAGAUUGGCUGGCGGGUGCUCUGGUGUGGUUUGCUUCUUCCUUCCUAUCAAACAUCUAUCGUCUUAAUCUCCCCUCCUUUUUUGUGUUUGUUACUCUCUUGUAACACCUCUAAUCUUCGGCACUUAUAUGACCUUUUUGUGUUGCAAGUGCCGUAAUACGCUUACUGAAACAAAAUGUGUGUAUCUGUUCCGUUUUGUAAAUGCUGUGCUGUUUUGGUGCUGGUGAAAUACAUGUGUUUGUUUUAUGUCAAAUGUGUUUGUUUGGUUUAUGCAGUUUUAUUUUGUACAGUCUUUGAUGUCACAAGAUUAAUUUUGGUUACAGUGUUUCUAUUUUGUGUUGUUGUUGUUUUUUUACCCCCAGCCCCACUAUCAAAAUAAAAUAACCAUGCUUUUUGGUUUUCUUGAUUUUUUUGUUUAAAAAAAAAUGGGAAGUGAUUGUGGAGAUUUUUGUCCCUGUGAAUUGCCAUUUACAGUACAUCACUGUAUAACACCUUGGCUCAAUAUGGGCAGGCGAGAUUUGAACCCAGGACCCACUGCCAAUGGGGCUAUGUGUGUUUUCCUCUUGUCUUUUUGUUGUUUUGUACUUCUGUACGUCAAUGAACUUAUAGUAAGGUGAAGUGAAUGGAGUGAUAAUUGUAAUUGUUAAAUGGGUAUAAAGUCUUUUACUUUCGGUGUAAAGAGCGACUCUAUGCCUGUGGUAAGAUUAAAAAAGACUGCUGGGUUUCUGAUUGUUGUAUGCGCAUGAAAGAGAAAGUGUAACUUGAAGUUAAAAACAAAAGCAACUGUAUUUUGAGUGGAAAGAAAGAGUUUUUGCCUUGUGUUGCUGCAAGUUGUAAGUGAUAUGAAUAAAUUGUACACUUUAAAAAAAAUUGUGGCCGAUUUCGAGCUAUUGUUGGUUCAGUGCUUCUCCCCCAUGUACAUUCCAGUACUUUGAAUUAGACAAUAUUCCCUACUCAGUAGUUUUAGAAUUAAUAAAUCUUGUUUUUUUAGAAUACAGUUGUAUAAUAUUUUUAACACAAUGAGGUCACUUGGCGCAAUAAUGCGACAGUGGAAAUUAUCUGUUCCGAUCACCUGGCGCCAGGCCCGAGAAGUCUGUUGCAGUCAAUUUCCUGGUUGGGUGACCAGAUGAGGUAUUUUGUACUGCUGGCUGUGUGACUGCAAAGUGUUAAACAUGCUGCAUUAGAGUUUGAAUUCUUUUCGGUUUAUGAGCAUAAAGAUGCAAGUUCUUCUGUUAUUUUAGAUAGGCAUGUUUUAAAUAAACACAUCCCUGGUUGUAUCGGUUUUUUUUCUAAGAAAUUUGCAAUUUUUGCAUACGUUAGCUUGGUGCCCUACCCAUGGUAUACAGGAUCCGAACAAAUUAUGUUUUCUGUUUAGUGCUAAUUUCAUGUCACCUAGCUUGGUUCUUAUACUUUUUCAAUCUUUUUUUCAGUCCUUAAAGCCAUAGACCUGAGAGUUUAUCUUCUACUGGGCUUGGAAGUCAAUUCCUUCAUUUUAUCUUGUCUUUUUGCUUGUAGCUUUAUGGAAUAGACAAUAGCUGCAAUACAGGAGUAUUGUUUGGGUUAGGUUAUUUAGAUUAUUCGAGAACAGGCAUUUUCUUAUUUUGUUCUUAAUCUUAGUCAGGUUGUAGGCAUAUAAAAGUAUUUUAUCUGAUCUUGUAUAUAAAUUAUAUUGAGUUUAACCCUAUGCGCCUGAGCGUGAGUACCUUUAUCUUUACAAGCAUUGACAGCACUUUUCAGCCUGUGGUGGUGUAUAUAUCUUGCUGUUGACUGACAGGUGCUUGGGGAGAGGGAUGGGGCAGUGGCAGGCUCAAAGGGUUAAGUUCUUUAACAUAUAUAUUUAUGCAUUUAUGGUAACGAGAAAUGGGUUUUGCACAUGUAUAAUUUGUUUCGUGUCAGUUCAUUUUCUUCCUUCUGUCAUUUUGUGCCCAUUGUGUUGUUGUUAUAUAGACUCAAGCUCAAAAUAUUUGCUUCAGUCAGCUUAACAAAAAAAAAAAAAUCUUCUCUGUUCACAUACAGUAAGGUGAGAGGUGCGAAAGGGUGUAAAGUAGUCUCAAAUCACUAUCAUAUUUCUUACUUGUAAUGAAUGAUAUGUUUGGAACACAGAUCAUGUACUGUGCCAUGUAUGAUAUGACUUUUCAAAUACAGAAUAUUACAGUGUUC